AACGCUUUCCAAGUCUCCCUUUCUCACACGCUCUAAAAGAGGGAAGGGGCCUUAAGAGGUUCAGGAAAUCAAAUCAAAGAAAGUCUGAGAGGACCUUGUGAAAAUCUGGACAACGUAUAGAUCCGACGUUCGCCGGCGGUCUCCAUGUCCUCCACCGUCCGAUCCCUCCCCCUCCUCACCUUCCUCUUCCUCCUCCUCUCCUCCGCGUUCGCCUCCGAGUCAGAUCACAAGUAUCAACGGGAUGACUCAGUUACCCUUUGGGUAAAUAAAGUUGGUCCCUAUAAUAAUCCACAAGAAACAUACAAUUAUUACAGCCUUCCAUUUUGCCGUCCAUCUGGCAGUGCUGCUCACAAAUGGGGUGGUCUUGGUGAAGUCCUUGGUGGAAACGAACUUAUUGAUAGCCAGAUCCCAAUAAAAUUUGAAAAAAAUGAGGACAGGACUGUCAUUUGUCAACUGAAUCUUGAUGAAGCAAAGGUUAAGCAGUUCAAGGAUGCAAUUGAGAAUAGUUACUGGCUGGAAUUCUUUGUGGAUGAUUUGCCUUUAUGGGGUUUUGUUGGUGAUUCGCAUGUGGAUAAGAACGGCGAUACUGGCAAGCAUGUCCUUUACACGCAUAAGAGUAUUAUCGUCAAAUACAACAAAGAUCAGAUUAUUCAUGUCAAUCUCACUCAAGAAAGCCCAAAGCCAUUGACAGCUGGAAAAGUAUUGGAUAUGACAUAUUCUGUCAAAUGGAUUCCAACCAAUGUCACUUUUGCACGCCGUUUUGAUGUUUAUUUGGAUUACCCUUUCUUUGAGCACCAGAUCCAUUGGUUCUCCAUUUUUAACUCAUUCAUGAUGGUUAUCUUCCUCACUGGUUUGGUGUCAAUGAUAUUAAUGCGGACACUUAGGAAUGACUAUGCAAAAUAUGCCCGGGAAGAUGAUGAUUUGGAGACUCUGGAAAGAGAUGUUAGUGAAGAGUCUGGUUGGAAACUUGUGCAUGGGGAUGUCUUUCGGCCUCCUCGCAAUUUAGUAGUUCUUUCGGCUGUUGUUGGGACAGGUGCCCAGCUAGCAUUGCUUGUCCUCCUCGUCAUCUUAUUGGCAAUUAUUGGAAUGUUGUAUGUCGGGAGAGGAGCGAUUGUCACAACUUUCAUUGUAUGUUAUGCUCUUACAUCAUUCAUUUCUGGUUAUGUGAGCGGUGGGAUGUACUCGCGUAAUGGGGGUAAAAACUGGAUAAAGUCCAUGAUCCUCACAGCAUCUCUAUUUCCGUUUAUGUGCUUUGGCAUUGGGUUCCUCUUGAACACAAUUGCUAUCUUCUAUGGGUCUCUAGCAGCUAUUCCCUUUGGCACAAUGGUAGUUGUCUUUGUCAUCUGGGCUUUUAUCUCUUUCCCUCUGGCACUUCUUGGUACAGUUGUUGGAAGAAACUGGAGUGGUGCUCCAAACAAUCCUUGUCGUGUAAAGACUAUUCCUCGUCCAAUCCCUGAGAAAAAAUGGUAUCUCACACCAUCUGUAGUCUCCAUUAUGGGUGGGUUGCUACCAUUUGGCAGCAUAUUCAUUGAGAUGUAUUUUGUUUUCACAUCCUUCUGGAAUUACAAGGUGUACUAUGUGUACGGAUUUAUGCUGCUGGUUUUCCUGAUUCUCAUUAUUGUUACUGUAUGUGUGACUAUUGUGGGGACAUACUUCUUGCUAAAUGCUGAAAACUAUCAUUGGCGGUGGACUUCUUUCUUCUCUGCUGCCUCGACAGCUGCCUAUGUCUACCUGUACUCAAUCUACUACUAUUAUGUGAAGACCAAGAUGUCAGGCUUCUUUCAGACAAGCUUCUAUUUUGGAUACACUUUGAUGUUUUGUCUCGGUUUAGGAAUCCUCUGUGGAGCUGUUGGUUACUUGGGCUCUAAUUUGUUUGUGAGGAGGAUCUACAGAAACAUCAAGUGUGACUAGGAAGGAAGGAGUCUUGUGAGGGGGAAACAGACCGUAGAGAACUUCCCCGAGCACUUUGGGUAAACACAAUAAAUUAUGAGAGGAAGCUUUUGUGGUCAUGUACGUGCAUUGUCAACAGAUUCAAAUCACAGGGUUUGAGGAUGGGGAUGUAUUCUUCUUUCUCUCUUCUGGGGAUGCCCUGAGAUUUUUCUUUUUUUGUCUUUUCCCCGGCUGUAAGUGAAAGCCUUUAAUUUAGGAUGCAGAAAUUUGUCUCUAUAGUCUUGAAAUUUAGCAAAAUAUCAGACUCGUGUUAUUUUAUUAUUUUUCUACUUUGUCCCUUUACAAAUUAGCUGCCUUGUGUAAGGAUUUGAUGCCUAAUUCCCCUUUUUUCUCAUCAUUUUGUUUCUGCUACUUUUUCUCAUCUUUGGGACAAAGGACUUCUGAGGGGAGACUUUCAGUAAUGAAUUUUGUGCUUCUGAAUUUGUAACAAUUUAUAGAUUUAUUUUGUUUC